UUGAAGUUCUUGCGACGUCACGUGACACUGUAAAGUCACGUGCGUUUCUGCACCAAGUCCAGUAUUCUUCAGCUCAUCUCCGAGCUCAGCGCUGCUUAGAGAGUGAGGCUCAGGUCACGUGAUUCUGCUCGCGUUCGGAGGACCAUGGGACCCCCAUAUUGCAUAACAUUAAGAGCUGUGCAAGAAGCUCAGAGAAGAAUCCAGGGCUUAGUUCAUACCACUCCAGUAAUGACAUGUUCCAGUCUGGAUGCGCUCAGUGGACGCAAGCUUUUCUUUAAGUGUGAAUUACUGCAGAAGACGGGCUCAUUCAAGAUACGAGGGGCAUUAAAUGCAGUUAAGAGUCUACCGUCAGAUAAAUGUACUGCGGUCGUGACUCACUCCAGCGGCAACCAUGGACAGGCGUUGGCUCUGGCAGCACAAUCUAUGGGAAUUCCUGCACAUGUAGUAGUUCCAACCACGGCUGCCGCAUGUAAGAAAGCUGCAAUCCUUAGGUUUGGUGCUUUGAUUGUGGACUGUGAACCGACUGAUAAGUCCCGAGCAGAAGUGGCAGCCAAAACAUUAGAGAAGACCGGAGGGGUUUUAAUUCAUCCAAAUCAGGACCCAGCCGUCAUUGCAGGUCAAGGAACCAUCGGACUUGAAAUAUUAGAACAGGUGCCAGGACUGGAGGCCUUGGUCGUACCUGUGGGAGGGGGUGGCAUGGUGGCUGGAAUAGCUGUUGCUGUCAAGGCAAUAAAACCAGAUGUAAAAAUUUAUGCCGCGGAACCUCUUAAUGCAGACGACUGCUACCGUUCAAAGAAGAGCGGCGUUUUGACUCCCAAUCUACAGCCUCCAAUCACCAUAGCUGAUGGCGUGAAAUCAAGCAUUGGACCAAACACCUGGCCAAUUAUACGUGACCUGGUGGAUGAUGUGUUCACAGUCACAGAGGAUGAAAUUAAGAGUGCUACACGGUUGGUGUGGGAAAGGAUGAAACUUCUGAUUGAGCCUACAGCAGGCCUGGGUCUGGCCGUCAUUCUCUCUAGUCAAUUCCAGGAGAUAGGAAGAGAUGUACAGAACAUUGGUGUGGUGCUGUGCGGAGGCAACGUGGACCUCGCCACCCUUCACUGAACAGCUGGAAGCCACACACACCUGGGAACAUUACCAUUUGCCGUAGAGAAUGACACUACAUUUCGGUUCCUUAAUUUUUAUAUAAUUCACACAUCUACAAUGUUGGAAUAUAAAAUAAAUAAGUCCUUUUAAGGCACCAA